UGAGCCAGUGGGCGGGGCUCUGUGCAUGUGGGCGGAGCCGGCCGUAUCCCAGCCCCAUUCCCUUCUCACUGUGUGACCCCCCCCCCCCAGGGAGAUGACCCACCUGCAGAAGGAGGUGACGGCCAUCGAGACGAAGCUGGAGCAGAAGCGCAGCGACCGCCACAACCUGCUGCAGGCCUGCAAGAUGCAGGACAUCAAGCUGCCCCUCUCCAAGGGCACCAUGGACGACAUCAGCCAGGAGGAGGGCAGUGGCGGUGGGGAGGAAGCAGGCAGCGGCUCUCAACGCUCCUCCAGUCUCUACGCCCGGGAAGCUCUGAUUGAAAUCGACUACAGCGACCUGCCCGAGGAGCUCAAGGUGCAACGGCCCUUUAAGGCAGGCCCCGCCCACCCCCGGAAGUCACGCCCACUCCCCGGCCUCCUCCCACAUUUUAUAACCCCGCCCAUUUACCCUCCAUUCCUCCAAUGCCCACACAGAGCCACCCCUUGGCCACUCCCACUUUAUGCCCCUCCCACUCCACAUAAGUCCCGCCCACUCCCCAUUUCGGCCCCUCCUCCUUUCCUAUGGCUCCUCCUGCUCCAUUUAGGCCCCACCCCUUUUACAACGGCCACGCCCCCAGUGCCAGAAAGCCUCGCCCACCCACUCCUUCCUAUUGGUGAAGCCAGUAUGGAAGCCCCGCCCACAUUCACACCAAGCCCCGCCCUCUUUAUUCAUUCCUAUGAUGGGCUGAACGAGCCCCGCCCCCCGG